CAAAAAUAAAGGGAGGAGUUUGUCUUUAGCUAUUGCGGCGGCGCCCAGGCAUAGGAAGAAGCAAUAAGGGUGGCAUUGGCAUGAAUAUGAUGCUGAUGCGUGGUGAGCAUGAUGUCAAUGUCAUGGGUACCCUCAACCCAUUAUUUAGAAGUGAGUCUUUUGGGAAUUACUAUCCCGAGGCUGAGCACAACUACACCAUGAUGGAGAAGAGACAGGUUUUCCUCAGAAGCUACCACUUCUCUCGAAAGAAGAGUUUCACUGAGAGGAUCAAAGGGUCUUUGGUUCGUGUCAAGAAGGUGCUGUGUCUAAGGCUGCGAUCUGCUAAGAGACUUAGAAGGUCCGUGUUUUCUGGUUUCAGAAUCAAACGCGGUUUUUAUUACCGUAGAAGGUUUUCAUGGCUUCUCAAUUCCCACCACCGCAAGAGCCACUCUUCAUCUUGUUUCUGGGACCAAUAUUACUCAUCACUCCUCUGAUUAUGUAAUAUAUUAUCCAUCACUUUUUAUUUUCAUUAUUCAUCAGUUACUGCUUGCAACGCAGUGCAAUCCUUUAUUAUUUGUUGACUU